CAGGCCGGCUAUGUGAGCUGGAACUCCGCGUUAAACUGUUUGGCUGGCACGGGCUGGUUGGUCGGUUGGUUGAGCGGUAGCCAUGGCUCGACUCGCUGCUCUACUGUUGUUACCGGUUCUUAUUGAAUCGGUAUUCUCCAUUUCUUUCUUUUUACCGGUCAACUCGAGAAAAUGUUUACGGGAGGAGAUCCACAAAGACGUCCUCGUCACGGGGGAGUAUGAAAUAAGCGAACAGGCGAACACCAAAACUAAUCUGAAGAUCACAGAUUCCUCCAGCCACACUCUUUACUCCAAGGAAGAUGCAAUUAAAGGAAAGUUUGCAUUCACCACAGAGGACUAUGACAUGUUUGAGGUGUGCUUCGAGAGCAAGUCACCCAUGGGGACUGGAAGAGUGCCUGACCAGCUGGUCAAUCUGGACAUGAAGCAUGGUGUGGAAGCCAAAAACUAUGAAGAGAUUGCCAAGGUGGAGAAGCUGAAGCCUCUCGAGGUGGAGCUUAGGCGACUGGAGGACCUGUCGGAGUCUAUCGUCAAUGACUUUGCUUACAUGAAGAAGAGAGAGGAGGAGAUGCGGGACACUAAUGAGUCCACCAACACACGUGUGCUGUACUUCAGCAUAUUCUCCAUGUGCUGUCUCAUUGGCCUGGCCACAUGGCAGGUCUUCUACUUGCGGCGCUUCUUCAAGGCAAAGAAGCUGAUCGAGUAAAGCGGCUUGUGGCUCCUUACAUCGCGGGAAGCUGCCUGCCAGUCAGUCAACACAUCCCAACAUCCACCCUCCUUGGACUAGCUUCAGCAAACAACAGCGAGUGGGGUUGAGGGGCUCAAAUUCUAGUUUUCAAGGCUGUAAGAGAAACCAAGGUUUUCCUCUGAAAAAAUAAAUCACCUGCUUAUUUAGUGUUUUGAAACAUGAAAAGCACUGUAGGGAGAAAUGCACUGUGAGACCAGG